AUGGCUGCCGCCGAUGUUCGCGACAUGCUGGACCUGCCCGCGGAGGGCCAACAGCCCCGACCGCAUAAGAAGCAGAAGGCCGUUGAGAAGAGACCAGAGGGUAUCACUCGCGAGCUUUACGCCCUGCUUGGCGAAAGAGCACCUCCGAUCGCCAUCAACGAGAAUCGAUACAAGGGCCGCCCAAAAUGGAUGAGCAAACUGCGAGUCCGUCCCUGGAGCAUGGCCCCGUUUACCAACGAUGCGCGAUCCGACGGCCUCGUCCUCCGCCAUUGGCAACGACAACACGAAACCGCAAAACCUGCAGCGCUGGAGGGCUCGGAGAUGGAAAUCGACGGGCCAAAGCAGGAAGAUGAUGCCGACAAACCCGCAGAGAAGGAAUACAACUUUGCCAAGUACAACGUCAAGGCGCGACUCCCGAACCGAUACACCGACGAGGAAUACAACCGCCAUCUGAAGAGCGACGACUGGACGCGAGAGGAGACCGAUUACCUGAUGGAUUUGGUCGAAGAAUACGACCUCCGAUGGGUGGUGAUUGCUGAUCGCUACGAAUACCAGACGCAUCCGGUUGAUGCGGAGGACAACGCAACUGCGCUUGUGCCGGCAAGGCGCGGUCGCACGAUGGAGACUAUGAAGGCACGGUAUUAUUUCGUUGCUGCCUCGAUGCUUGCCCUUGAACACCCGCCCUCCGAAAUGUCUGAAGCCGAGUUCGAAUUGCACGAGAAGAUGAUGAAGUUCGACCCUGACCGCGAGCGAGCCCGCAAGGAUCUCGCCUCGCUGCAACUCAACCGGACCGCAGACGAGGUGCGCGAGGAAAGCAUUCUCUUGGAGGAAUUGAAACGCAUCACUGCCAACGAGCAGGAUUUCAUCGCCGAACGCAGAGAGCUUUACUCCCGCCUCGAAGCCCCCAUCAGUGUGGGCAACACCACGAUGUAUCAAUCCAGCCAAGGACUAUCACAGCUCCUCCAGAACCUUCUCCAGGCCGACAAGACCAAGAAGAGACGCUCCAUACUCGGCCCGGAGGGCGCAGCACCCAGCCCAGCCGGACAGACCCCAGCACCAAGCGCAGGCAACUCCGCUGCCCGGGAAAGCCGCGCCGAAACCCCCAACUCCACGGCGCCUCCACCCACGAACAAGAAAGCAGCGGCAGCGGCGGCCGCGGCCGCGGCAGCAGCAACCAAGGACACCCAGCAAACCGUCAAAACCCUCACACCCGCCGAGGAAGCCAGAUAUGGCGUCCAGCAUCACGACCGUCUGGCUCCAAGCGUCCAAUUCCGAAGUGACCGCGCCCAGAAGCUAACGCAGGCCAAAUCCAACGUCCAAACCCAGAAGCUGGCCGCCGCGCUCGCGGAACUGGAGAUUCCACUCCGCCUCGUCAUGCCCACGGAACGAGUCUGCAAGGAAUUCGAGAAACUGAUCCACUCGGUGAACCUGCUGCUCGAUGCCCGCAAGGUAGCCGAGAAAGUAGAGAGUGAGAUCCGCGUCCUCGAAGCCGCCAAGGAGGAAAGAGAGCGGAAAAACAAGGAGGCCAGAGAGAAGGAGAACCCUCAGGUGAAGGCGGAACAAGAGGAUGACUCUGUGCCUACGGCGAGCGCAGCCCCCGGCUCUACGUCUGUGGCUCCGGCUGCCGAAGGGGCCGUCGACGCUACCGGUGAAGGGGAAAGCAAGGCUGACGCCGGCGGUGAUGCGAAUACUGCGAAUGCCACGCCAGUGAAGGAUCGGGAGACUAAUUCCAAUAAGCGUUCUGCCAGUGUCUUGAGCAAUACAAGUGACAAGAGUUCGAAACGGCAAAGGAAAUAA